AUGGUGCCUCGCGUUGGACGCGGCCAUGGUAGGAAAAACCUCACCUCCCCUCUCCAGCAAUCCACUGAAGAGGAUUCUCAGCAGCCAGACCCAGCUGCUUCUUCAACUACGACUGGCACUCAGCCAAAGCCAGGCGCACCGGAGUUUGUCCAUGGUACCUUAACGAAAACCAAACGUCACUACAUCGCGGGGAAUCUGCCUCCGAUGUCCAAUAUCGAGGAUAUCUUUACUGAUCUUGCCCAGAAGGCUUUAAGCCUGGGACUUGAUAUGGUAAUUCAGUCACUGAAUGGUAGACUACUCCGUGUUGCGACCAUGUGCUCAGGGACGGAGAGUCCCUUAUUUGCCCUUCAAAUGAUCCAGCAAGCUCUUGAUGGGCUUAGCACUGACGGCAAGCGAUUCCGGGUCGAGCAUGCUUUUAGCUGCGAGAUCGUUCCGUUCAAACAAGCAUAUAUUGAGCGGAACUUUGAGCCACCACUCCUCUUUCGAGACAUCUGCCAAAUGGGUGGCGACGAGGCUCAAACGGCAUAUGGCACCCUGGCGAAAAUUCCCGGGGAUGUCGAUAUCCUAGUCGCUGGAACCGCAUGCGUCGACUUCUCUCGACUGAAUGUCAACAUGGACGCCAACAACGAAAGCGGAGAAUCCAUCUCCACUUUCAAUGGCAUGUUGAUGUACUGUUCGAAGUACCGACCCCGACUGGUCAUUUGUGAGAACGUGAUAGCAGCCCCCUGGGAAAAAUUCGAAAACGCUUGGUCAGGAAUUGGCUAUUCCGCAAAACACGCCACGCUCGACUCCAAGCACCACUACAUGCCACAAACCCGGCAACGUGGAUACUUGGUCGCAGUCGAUGAGGGCCGUAUGAAUACGCCAGCCACUGAUCGCCUCGCUAUCCCACUGGACGCACUGAACCUGAUAACCAAGUUUCGCCGCCCGUGCAGCUCACCCACAAGUUCAUUCUUGUUGGGCGCAGAUGACCGGAAGUUGGAGCAGAUCGAAAAGGAUCUCUCUAACCGCUUGGAAGCCAGUUCUUGCCGUGCCGAGGUGGCCUGGGACUCGUACAAGAUGCGUCACCAAAAGUGUCGCGACGAGUUACCAGCGAACGAUCAGCGACCUAUCAGUCGUUCGAAUCCAGGAGGAAAAAGCUGCCAGGGACCAGAUUAUUUCUGGUGCCCUUGGUUCAAGCUACAGGUGGAGAGAGUCACGGAAACGCUCGACAUCAAAUUCUUGACAUCGCUAAGCCUCGGAUUUGAUUUCCAGUACAAGGAGCGUUACAUCGACUUGUCACAAGGUGUUGGCCGCAGCGCCGAGAAUACCACUGCGUUCGGGACAAUCGGUUGCUUGACUCCGUCGGGUAUGCCGUUUUCGACUCUUCGUGGUGGCCCUCUGACAGGACUUGAAGCUUUGGCACUCCAAGGUCUCCCCAUUGACCGAAUGAUUCUGUCCCAUGAAUCAUCCAGGGAGCUUCAAGACCUCGCUGGCAACGCCAUGACCUCGACUGUCGUUGGGACAGUCAUGCUCUCCGCUCUGAUUGCGGCUAGAAGCGUGUUAGAAGGAGGCGCAGAAAACCCCACCCUGCAAGCCGAUGCUGGUCCGAAGACAGCGUCGCCUAUGCCCACAAUCGAGGUAGGACACAAACUCGCGGCUACUGAAGAGAACCACAAUUGCACCGUCGAUGGAUCGGGUUUCGGGCCCAUUCUCGUGGCGCAAUCGGUGUUAGCCGCCCGUUACUGUGCUUGCGAAAGGCAGUCUCGGGUCGCUCCCGCUAUCGUCGAGUGCCAAUUAUGUGGACAUACUGCUUGCAGUUCCUGUGCCGGCAAUCCUCCACACGCCUAUGAACCAAAGGUUUUUGACGGACAACGGAUCCAGCCACUUGAAUUCGAUAAGAAGCUGAGGGAAAUCCUCCCUAUGCGGCUUCGCUUCGGCGGGGUCGGGGCAAAGGACCUCAAGCGUUUCGAACAUCUCAAGCGCCAAUUCCUCGGCAACGCUCCAGACGACACCUGGGAGCAGUAUAUCUCCUCUGUCCAGAGCGCCCUCCUCGAGGAGGUGCGUUUCACUGACAUCAAACGAACAGAGGUUUGGACUGUCUUCUUCGAAAGUGAAUUUGCGAGCCUGCGCCUUGAAAUUAAUGGCGAAGGUCCCCAGUGGCUGUUGUUCGCCAAGACCCCUAAACGUUCUCCGGCACAGUGCGUGCUGAGAGAGAUUCUCGCAAAGCCGAUCGCGAUAAUGCGACCCGAAACAUCCGAAUUGUUUGGUGGUGUAUGGGAAGUGCUUGAACCAAUUAGCACCGAGUUCGCUCUCCGAGUAAGCGGUUCAGGAAGCCAGGUGCGAUCAUACCUAGCUGAAUGUGGCCUGCUCGGAUCCAAGCAUACCGAACCUCGGGUGUGGUCACAACUUGAGAUCGAUUGCGACCAAGCGGAUGUUGAUCAUCUUGAUCAUGAUCUCCGUGGCACAUACGACCUUCUUGCCGAUUGUGGAACUGCUGAAGGAUCUUUGCACAAGAAGCAGUGCCAGGAGGGUAUGCCUCCCGUCUACUUGUUCUUAGAUCCUAGAAAGGCUGGUCCAAUCAUGAAUGAUUCGUUUGUGUUCUCCGUCGAACACCGAAGGAACCCUGGUUACGAAGUACGAAGAACCGUUGCUGAGCUUCCGCCUACCUGGCGGCCAGUGUCUGUGAAGACACACGACAAGACCUCGGCUUACGCACGGCGAUGCCACAAAGUCCCCAAAAUGGUCUUGGGCCCUAGUGAUGGCGAACCAAUCUUUUACCGUCACUUGGAUCUCAAGACUGACCUUUUCCUUCGCGGUGGAGACUGCCACAAUUCAUACAUCCCCUUGGCUUCUCUUUCAGCAGAUGACGCUGUGACCUUGGGCCUGACCGAGCGCCAGAAUACGCCGAUCAACCCGGAAAGACACCCGAAUGCAUUCCAAGGAAUUACCUGGGCCCUUCUACGAGUUGGGCAUGCGUCGUCUUUCCACAAGUGGAGAGACCUAGGGUUUGCUGCUCUUGCUACUAGUUGCCAGACCUGCAAGCCUGCUUGGCCUAAAAUCCUUUGGAGACGUGACCGGAAAGGAAAGGCCAAGCCCCAUGAAGAUCCUCAGGAGGCAGCGGCUUACGAGCGUGCCGUAAAAUCCAAACCGCCGCCCUUCAUGAUCUUCACGAAUGUUGAGCACCUCCAAGGCCGCAUAAUCUCACCCGGUGAGCUGCAGGUCGCAGUCAAUCUGCAGUCGAUGGCGCAUUCCGCACUUGGAAAGCUCGUCGACUUUGAAAGUCUCGACGGUGUCCACUUCUCCUGGCGACUGGUUUCAAAUGCAUAUGAUAUGGGCCGACAACGACUCCCUGCAUUCGUACUCCCGCACAACCAGGCCGAUGACCCCCAUGCGCAGCCACCGAAUUUCAAACGUCAGCUACGCACUGAACAGCUGCGGUCAUUGCGCUGGAUGAUCGCGCAAGAACCCGAUGACAUCAGGCCUUUCAUUGAAGAGGAAACUGAAGAAGCCUUCUGCAGAAUGAUGGCCUGGCGAGCUGAUGUAAAGGUCUUAAUCCCUCGACUUAUUCGUGGAGGAUUGGUUGCCGACGAAGUCGGAUUUGGGAAAACCGCGACAGUCCUAGGCUUAAUUGACUCCCAACACAAGGACGACAAGGAGAGACUGAGAAAUUCGGUGAAGAGUCCGGUGAAGAGUCCAAUUGGGUUUUUAGCCACAAACGCAACUUUGAUCGUUGUGCCCCCGCAUCUGCGCCGCCAAUGGGGUACAGAAAUCGACAAGUUCCUCGGCACUAAGUACCGAGUCGUGGAAAUCCCCACUAUGAGUGCCCUGUGGAAAGUCACUAUCGAAGACAUCCAGGACGCUGAUAUUGUUCUCGUUUCUUCGGGAGUUCUGACAAGCGCCGCUUAUUUUGACCGUCUACGGAGUGUGUCCGGCGUUGCACGGGUUCCAAUGGAGAACAAGGGCGCUCGCGUCCGCGAUCUUUGGUUCCGGGGUGCACUGAACACUCUGAGGGAUUUGAUUGUGACUCUAAACGCUUCUGAUCCCGAGCACUAUCUCGAAGAACUGGUGACACGACAUCGGAGGUGGAAGGAUAAUCAGGAAGCCUCGACGUACGAGCCAUCUCGUCGAUACAAGGGCAAGGCCUUUAUAGCCAAUGAGAAAAAGUUGCGUGAGGAAAAAGAACGACAGGAUGCAUCUUCUGUCCCUGACCCUCAGGACUUAAAGUCGGACCUGAAACCCGCGGUGGGUUCCAAGGUUGAAGAAGCAGAAAGGGAGGCCAUCACCAAGGAGUUGCGGACGCUUCUUAGCACUACCGCCAACAAACUCUCGAAGAUGAAAGCCCCAACCCUCCACGCUUUCGACUUCAACAGACUUGUUAUUGAUGAGUUCACUAGCUCGGACGAAGAUAAACAGCUUCCUAUUAUGGAAUUAUCUGCUCGUUCCAAGUGGAUUCUCUCUGCCACCCCUGACCUUGAUGAUUUCGCGGACGUAAAGAGCAUUGCACGCCACCUGGGCGUUCACCUCGGAAUUGACGACGACGCAGAUGUUUCGUCUCAUAACAAGAGACUGAAAGCAAAGAAAAACCAAUUGAGCAAUGUCGAGAAGUUUCUGACUUAUUCAGUGCCUCACAGCAAUGACUGGUACCAGAAUCGAAGUCUCCAUGCUCAGCGCUUUCUCGACCAAUUUUCCCGCCAGAACAUCGCCGAAAUUGAUCAGAUUCCCAUCGAGCUCCACAUGAUUUUGUCUGAACAAUCUGAUACGGAGCGGUACCGUUAUGAAGCCCUUUUUAACCGAAUUCGGUCGGAGAAAGGGCGACUUCGAAGGAUUCACAACUCUGACAAUGACAUCUCACUCAGUCGCUUGAACGAUCUCAUUCUCUCAAGCAAAUCUCCCGUGGAGAGUUUAUUAAAAGCCUCCAUCACCAGCAAGCUGAAGGACCACCCAUGGAGCAUCUCGGCCUGCAAUUCCCAGCUCAAUACACUAGCGAAGGGUUAUGCAACUCGGUACGAAAAGCUGCAGACUUUGCUCCGCCAAUACUACUACUUCAGGUCCCGACUAAACCCCUCUCUCCCUGUCUGGAAUGUCAUCAUGGAUGAGAUUCUAGGCAAUGACUACGGUGACGAACUGGUCCAGACACAGACCGCCAACCUCAUAUCUGAACUCCAUGCAGCUCACAACGUGUGGAUGAACGUCCAAGAGACGACUCCACCCGCUGUGCCGUCGAAGACUGGUCACGAAUUCCAGUCCCAAUGUGAAGAAAUAAUUGCCAAACACCGCAAGAAGACAAAAGAAGUUAAACCUAGAAAGAGGACUACUGCUCCCACUACUGCUCCCACUACAACCGCUGAUACGAACCUCGAUGAUACCCUUAAUGAGGACUUUAAUGAGAUCGAUGAUAAAUUCUAUGAUGAGACUUUUGAUGACGAUACGCAUAAUGACGACAAUGCCGAUGAAGCUCUACCAAAACCCAAGAAGCGAGCCCGAACUUCAGUGACCGUCCCGGUUCUAGAUGCAACCAUACAGUCUAAAAUCGCGAGCAACUUGAGAAAGCCGCUAACCACCGAUUCCCUUGAUACCAUUCGACUUAUCGUCAAGAAUAGACGCAACCAUCGAUUCCACGGCGCAAUGCUAGCUUUGCAAGAUAAUGAUGUCCCACCUUGCUCAAACUGCCAUACAACACCUAACAGCAUCCACGAUCUCACUGUGCUAAGAUCCUGCGGUCAUAUCCUCUGCGAAGAAUGUCUUGAAGGUACUGCCACAUCAGAAGUAUGCAAUAUCAACAACUGCACAGGAUCAGCUACCAAAGACAAGCAUGUCAAAGGCAGCGAACUUAACAGCCAAGACAUAAUCGUCCGAAGCAGCAAACUCACCAGCUUCAUUGAAUUGAUCCAUUCGAUCCCAGACGACGAAAAAGUCAUCGUCUUCGAACAAAAGGAAGACAUCCUCAAACUUCUGGUCCGAGCCCUUGAGUUGGAAGGAGUCCCCUACAUCACUCCCAAAACCGGACAAGCCGAAAAAUCAAUCGAAGAAUACAUAAAAGACGCCUCACCCUUCAAGGUGCUGGUUCUUCCUCUCGGAGGCGCAAUGGCUGCAGGCCUAAAUCUGCAAUGCGCAAACCAUGUUGUUUUCGUCUCGCCAUUACACACCACGACACAACACGACUACGAAGCCGGCAUGAAGCAAGCCAUCGGGCGAGCACGUCGCUAUGGCCAGAAAAAGACCGUGCAUGUGUACCACAUGCUUGUGAAGUUUACCGCGGAAGUCAACGUCUUCGAAGAACGGCAGGGGAAACGUGUGAUUGAGAGAGAUGGAUAUGGGAUUCUUUUGGAGGAUGAUGACGAACUUAAGGAAUUUGAUAUUGAGUGCACUGGAGAUCCCUUUGAUUGGGAAGCCACAGAUCCCCAGUGGGAAGAACCAGGCAUGACAUAG